GUCUUGGCCCUGCAAGCCACAUCACUGGAGGAUCUAUUUAACUUCUUUUCAAGCUCGCUGGGGAGGAACGACGGCGUGGAAGAGGGACCGGACAAAGACUCGUUAUCGAGGGACCCUGGUCGGGAAGGAAGUGUUACCUGCAGCAGCUGUUGGUGAUUGGAGAGGGGGUUCCCUGGAAAUGGAGUCUGGACAAGCUGGAUCCAGAUCCCCUCUACUUAGAAGAGGAACCAGAGGAACUGUGGCCCAAUCAGGAUGCAAAAAGAGUGAAAAAAGUUGGAAUGACAACAGGGCACAUGGGUCAGGUGUAAACGAUGAUGUAGAGUGUAACACUGCCAACAACUCCCUCAGCUGCUCUGAAUGUGGUGAAAAGUUUGACAACCAACAAUCUCUCCAGAGACAUUUAACAGAGAAUCCUUUGAGUUGUUUGAAGCAUAAGAAAUGUUUUAAAGUAACACGAAAUAUAAAUUUGCGUAGAGGAGUUCACACAGGGACAAAAGCAGUUAAAUGUGAUGUUUGCGGUCACAUCUGUAGUCAUAAAAGAAAACUUGGGCUACACAUGAGAAUUCACACAGGAGACAAACCAUUCAGCUGUGAUGAAUGUGGACACAGAUUUCGUCAAAAGACAAGCUUAAACCAACACUUGAGAAUCCACACAGGAGACAAACCAUUCUCCUGUGAUGAAUGUGGACAAAAAUUUAGUCUCAAGUCAAACUUAAACAAACACAUGAGAAUCCACACAGGAGAAAAACCAUUCUCCUGUGAGGAAUGUGGACAAAGAUUUAGUCGCAAGACAAGCUUAAACCAACACAUGAGAAUCCACAGAGGAGACAAACCAUUCAGCUGUGAUGAAUGUGGACAAAGAUUUAGUCAAAAGACACACUUAAACCAACACAUGAGAAUCCACACAGGAGACAAACCAUUCUCCUGUGAGGAAUGUGGACAAAGAUUUAGUCGCAAGACAAACUUAGACGUACACAUGAGAAUCCACACAGGAAACAAACCAUUCAGCUGUGAUGAAUGUGGACAAAGAUUUAGUCUCAAUUCAAACUUAAACAAACACAUGAGAAUCCACACAGGAGACAAACCAUUCAGCUGUGAUGAAUGUGGA